AUGAUUGCACUUCUGCUUGCACUCAGCUCCCUUUCCUGUGUCUUCUGCAUCCCUCUGAAGGGCCAUAUCGGUAGGCAAGCCGUCAGUCUUGAUCUUUUCGCUAAACUUUUUCCUUUGCCCGAACACGAAUUCGCGGUGACCCUUUCCUCGGAGCAACCAAGUCAGGCAAUUCCGUUGCCAGGCGUGGAGGUUUUCGAGGGCCUCUGCCAAUUCGGCCGAUUAAUGUCUACAAUUGACAGUCACGAUCAGUGCCAUUGUCAGCUUUUCUCGUCUUUGGCCAAUUCGAGAAAAGGUUCUUAUGUCUGCUUCCUCUUUUUCGUUUCUUCCCAAUCCCCUUUCCACCGAAUGCACGACACUACUUGA